AUGAUCUCAGCAGCUCUUUAUCCUCGCUGUAAGGAGGUAGAAACAGCAAUGCACACGUUCUUCCUCUGCCCCUUUGCGAAAGAAGUCUGGAAUCAUAUCCCUCUCAAGUCACCAGUUCACAUAGCUGAGGACUCUGACUUCAAAACGACCCUGGUGUGCUUCCGACAAGCGAUCUGUCUCCCCCCGAGUGGAAUUCGCUUCCCUAUCCUCCCGUGGAUAGUUUGGACGCUCUGGCUAGCAAGAAACAAACUCAUCUUUGAAGACAAGACCAGUCGACCGAUUGAAAUUGCAACCAAAGGUUUGUCAGCAGCUCUUGAAUGGAACCAAGACAGAGGCAAAACGGAAAUCAGCAUCCAACCUCUUCCUCGCGUGAGACCCCCACCUAGACGCCCGAUCAUCGGCUGUGAGAACCCGUGCUUCGUCGACGCCGCUUGGGAUGCUUCAUCGCAACGCGCAGGAGUUGCAUGGAUUCUCAACAAGGAUCUUCCCACGCUAGCACAAUCAGGCUACCGAACCUUCGAAUUCGUCUCCUCCCCUCUCAUGGCCGAAUCGCUUGCUCUCCGUCAUGGAAUCGAGAUGCUGCUGCUUAGAGGAAUCAGCACAGCAACAAUCUUCUCAGAUUGCUUAACGCUCAUCAGAGCAAUUAACACAAAAAGUCAGAUAAAGGAAAUCUAUGGUGUUCUACAGGACAUCUAUGGUCUCUCCUCUCAAUUUGGCUCUAUCGUCUUCCAGUUCAUCUCCCGUUCCCAGAACGAUGAAACUGAUGUAUUAGCUAAGCAGGCCCUUCAGGCCCAGCAUCUUUCCUUUGUUGUUGUUUAA